AGAUAAAGUGACGAUAAAGUUGAUGAGAAAAUGACGACGGACGAAGAAGCUUCGCUGUUCCAAGCGAAAAUCUCAUCUUUGGAGGACGAGAUCGCGUCUAUCGAUCGAAAGAUUCAGAAGUUGCAGUCGGAGAAAAAGAAGCAUGUGGAUGAAAGGGACAAGUUGUUAGUUUCCGCCCAGCGCUUGAAAGUAGAAAAAAUAGCCUCGAAAGACUGGCAACGAACAACUUUUCUUGGUCCACAAAAAUGAUGAACAAGCUGGAAUCGGUGUUCAAGAUUAAGAGUUUUCGUGGUUUGCAGCUGCAGACGAUCAAUGCGAUAAUGUCGGGUCAUGACGUCACUCUGAUCAUGCCGACCGG